AUGAACGGCCACUGCAACGGCAACGUGAUCGACGUCAUGGAGCGCAUGAAGUCCUCCAUGGUGCUCUGCAAGCACGAGACGUCCCGCAAGGAGUCCGAGGACAAGUCCCGGUUACCGGCGCUGGAGGCCGCCUACACCAGCAUCCUGCGGGAGCUCGGCGAGGACACGGACCGACAGGGGCUGCUGCGCACGCCGCUCCGCGCCGCCAAGGCCAUGCAGUUCCUCACCAAGGGCUACCAUGAGACCAUCGACGACAUCUUGAAUAACGCCAUAUUUGAUGAAGACCACGAUGAGAUGGUGAUAGUGAAGGACAUAGACGUGUUUUCACUGUGCGAGCAUCACCUGGUGCCCUUCUUUGGAAAGGUUCACAUCGGGUAUAUCCCCAACAAAAAAGUGGUGGGACUGAGCAAGCUGGCAAGGAUUGUGGAGAUUUUCAGUCGCAGGCUUCAGGUUCAAGAGCGUCUGACCAAGCAGAUAGCCAUGGGAAUAUCUGAGGCUCUGCAGCCAAAAGGCGUAGCUGUGGUUAUUGAAGCAUCGCACAUGUGCAUGGUGAUGCGAGGCGUCCAGAAGAUGAACAGCCGCACAGUGACGAGCACCAUGCUGGGAGUUUACCUCGACGACCCCAAAACCCGGGAGGAGUUCUUGACUCUUUCGCAGUCCUAACAGAUGUCACCCACCACUGACUCCCCCCCCCCUACACAGCAGCACACUGAAAAAAAACUCUGGAGUGACACCGGAUCCGCAUCUUAAUCUAUUUGGAUAAAAUCACCAAAAAUCAAAAGCAGGAAAUGUAACGCUGCUUUUUCUUUAUGCUGGAUUCGAGCCAACUCUGGAUCUCAACCACUCCACACUAAAACCGGAAAGAUUUCAAUUCCAGCCGCUGAAAUCCACAAUUUGAAAAUCACUGUGAACAGUAAAUGUAGUUCCGCAGUCCUGGUGCCUUUGCUAGAUAUAUCACAGUCUUACAUGGCAAUUGUUUUUAUAACUCGUGAGUGCAAUGUUGUAAUGUGGCAAUACUUCAUAGUUUGAUUUCCUGAUGGGAAAUUCUUUGGUGCUUUUGCAAAGAGAUACAUUCCCAUACUUUGUUAUUGUAUUUAAAAUCAUCCAAAUAUAAUAAUAUUUAACAGUCUGUGGCCAUUCUGCACAAAAUUAUGAAGUAUUUGUAAUUUAUGACAAUUUUUUAGACAUCUGUAAUCCAACGAGUGAUUGAAUAAUGCACUGAGUACAUUUUGCUGAUGACUGUAACAGGGAUUUUUUUGCCUAAAUAAAAAUGAUAGAAACAUCA